AUGUCAGCGUUGCAGAUACCGAAAUUCGGAUCAAAUCAGGUUUUGCAACUCAAUAAAAAUGCAACAAUUCCUGUGAUUAAGAGACCUGAUCAGUUGAUAGUGAAGGUGUUGGCAACGUCCCUUAAUCCGAUGGAUAUUCAAAUUCGAAAUGGCUAUUCCGCUAAAUUUAUACAAAGAAUGACCCACAAAGAAGGAACAUUUCCUCUGACUUUGGGUCGAGAUUUUUCUGGUCAAGUUGUUGAAAUCGGUUCUAGUGUCAGAAGGCUUCAAGUUGGUGAUAAGGUAUGGGGUACAUGCCAACCUUUUGGUCCUGGAUCCCACGCGGAAUAUACCGCAGCUUUGCAACAUGAGGUUGCUUCAAAGCCCAAUUCCCUAUCGCAUAUACAAGCUUCUUCUCUACCUCAUGUAACGGUCACCACAUAUGCUGCUUUAGCUAAUCGAGCUGGUCUGAAUGCAACAAACACUAUGGGGAAAAGAGUUUUAAUUCUUGGAGGUUCAGGAGGCGUCGGUACUAUAGCAGUCCAGUUAAUUAAAUGCUGGGGUGGUACUGUAGUAACUACUUGCAGCAAUGAUGCCGUUGAAUUAAUGAAGUCGUUAAAUGCUGACAAAAUAAUUGAUUAUCACUCUGAGGAUGCAUGGAAUGAAAUGAAAGAGCAUGGCUUAUAUGACGCCAUUUUUGACACAGUCGGAGGCAAAAAUGAAAAGCAUGCUCUGCCCUUAGUAAACUCUAAAGGAACUUACGUCUCCAUUCAAACUCCAAUUGUUAAGAAAAUGGAUAAAAGAGGUAUUGCAGCAGGGGCAGCAAUUAGUGGCGUCGAGUUUGUGAAAAAUGCAUUGUUCCAAAACUUAAAGCGUGAUAGUUGCUACAGUUGGGCUAUUGGAUUCGGGAAUGGCUUGGCACUUGAAGAUGUUACUUCACUGAUAGAUAACGGAAAGAUUAAACCGAUAAUUAAAAGAGUAUUCAAUUUCAAUGAAGUUCAAGAUGCUUAUGAAUAUCUGGAAAGUGGUCACGCUCGUGGGAAAAUAGUCAUUGAUCAAAGUGGAGAUUAA